UCUUGCGUCACAGUUCCACUACCUCCGCAUUGAGUGACAGUCGAACUACUAGCUCUACUCUCUAAAAGACAAACAAGAUUAUUUCACAACAUUGGAUAAGUCUCCGCAUUUGGAUUAUAUCAGUGGUGUGAUUAACUUCGAAGCUAAAAUUAGUGCUCAUUCUUGUGAUACCACCAAAGUGACAAGUGUCGAUAACAAAGUGUUGUAUUCCACAGUAACAAAGAUGUGCAUCUCGAAGUUCCACAACAGCAAAUGCAAAAUGUUGAAUAGAAGCAACAUGGGCCGAGCCAUCCGCGGCGUUCUUACGCAAGCCAAAGUGGAGAACAGGUUGAUCUCCGGUCUCCUGCCGGCCAUCACCUACUUGCAGAAGGCCUCCGACGAUACUCUGAUGUGCCUCCUACCUGAAACCAGAAAGGACGAUGCCACAGCUCACAUGCAAACAGUUCUUCUGCAAGCGUUCUGCUACGAGAAUUUUAUACCCGUCAUUAAGGUCGAUAGCAGCGAGAAAUUGGCCGAAAUGUGCGGCAUCUCCGGCCAGAAGGGAUGCCCGUGCGUCCUCAUCACAAGAGAUCUGACCAUCCCAUGGGACACGAACUAUGACCCACCGCUAACUAACGACGAACAGAUCCUUGCCGAUUUCUACGAAUGCACACUUGAAGAAUACCCGACGCCCGUUGUGCAGAUGCCGAUAUGAACGCGUCUAUUAGGACUUGAUUUUUAAUCAGGUGAAUUGAAAUUAACCUGCCGCAGUCAUCUAUGAGCGGAGCAAGUGUCUUCUCUUCUAAGCGAAUUGUUUAUCGUAUGUAAUAUGUAAAGCAAUGUAAAGGGAGCGGUAAAUGUAUUUUAUUGCCGAUUAUGUAAAACAUUGCUGUUUAUUGUAAAUUUUCGAGGAUUACGUUUUUCCGGACUGGGGAAAAAUAUUUGUUGAUUUUUUAAUGGAAAAAUGUUAGGAGAGGAUAAGGCCUUUCGGUUUCAUUCCAAUGCAUCGUGCAUAUUUGUAUACAUCUAAGGAAUAUUUAUUUGUUUGGGUUUAGUGCGAUCCCCGGAAUGUUACGGUCUGGAUCGCAUUGUAAAAGUGAGUUUGUUAUAAAACCCAUUGAAGCAUUUAAAAUAUUUACAAAUUGUAAGAUUAGU